AUAUAUAUAUAUAUAUAUAUAUAUAUAUAUAUAUAUUAAAAAAAGGUUUUACUUUAGAGGUAAGACUAUGCAUUAGGUAAAUCAGUAGCCCUUGUUAUUAACUUUAUAUAAAAAAAUAAAAGUCUAUGUUAUGUCUUCAUUAUGUCUUCAUUAAGAUCAUGUAAAUGUGUGUUGAGCAGACACCCAGGUGUUCUUGCAAGGAUCCCAUUGUUUUCAACAAUUAGGCCUACACAGAACAAAAUGACAAGCAUAUUUCUGAAAAUAGUUAAAUGAAUUAAUCGUGUUUAAAAAAAAAAUCACAGAGUGAGAACAACUAUUGGUCUACAAGUAACAAACAGAGAAAUAAGUCACUUUCCUCAACGCUAUCUUAAAGAUUAAAUGUGUAAAGCUUCACUUAUUUAUUUUGUUGUAUUUCAGAAUCUUAUUCUUACUUAAUUUACUUCAGUCAGUCCACUCAAUUGCUUGACAGAAACAAUAGGGCCAUCUCUGUUAAAAAAGCUCCUGGGGGGUCUGGGUAGCUCAGCGAGUAAAGACGCUGACUACCACCCCUGGAGUCGCGAGUUCGAAUCAGGGCAUGCUGUGUGACUCCAGCUAGGUCUCCUAAGCAGCCAAAUUGGCCCAGUUGCUAGGGAGGGUAGAGUCACAUGGGGUAACCUCCUCGUGGUCGUUAUAAUGUGGUUCGCUCUCGGUAAGGCGCGUGGUGAGUUGUGCGUGGAUGCCGCGGAGAAUAGCGUGAAGCCUCCUCACGCGCUAUGUCUCCACGGUAACACGCUCAACCAGCCACACGAUGCAUGGGUUGACGGUCUCAGACGUGAAGGCAACCGAGAUUCGUCCUCCGACAUCCGGAUUUAGGCGAGUCAAUACGGCACCACGAGGACCUAGAGCGCAUUGGGAAUUGGGCAUUCCAAAUUGGGGAGUAAAAAGGGAGGGGGAAAAAAAAGCAAAGAGUAGGACUUGUGUAAGAGUAGGAGCUUUUUAUAAAGAUGCUAAAAACAACUUUCAGCAAAGUCUAAGACUGAUUGAUAUGUGCUGAUGGAGGUGAUGCUUAAGCGUUGUGAAAUAAGGACUACAAUGAUGUCAAUAGUGAGGCUGCAAAGGUAAUAUGUUCCAGCUGGUAUGUCAUCAGUAAAUCACUCAUGAUUUAAUACAACACAUUAUAAAACAAUAUUUUGAUAAUAGGUUAUUUUCUGUUGAUUCAUUCUUCGAUUAAUCAAAGGAGAAAGCCAAAUUUUAUUUUAAAACAUUCCACAUCUUGCCAAAUGUUGUCCUCAAACAAUGUGCAAAUUGAAGGCUACAAAAAAUAAUAUAGAUCACGAAAUGAAUGAUAAUAAUCCAAACUGCUAAAAUUCAAUUACAGUUACAUAUACGUUUUCUGUUAAACACAGUUCAAUUUAGUCAUAAAUUUGACGUUCAACAUUUCAACAUUAUUUUAUUGUGGCAUGCUGUUUGGUUACUUCAUGAAGUAAGCCUAUUAUUUAUUUAUUUUAUUUUUUUAAGUUGCACAAAUAUGAAUAAAUCAGUAAAAUGUCAUUUGAGAUUAAACUGAGCUGAGAUUAAACAUCUCUCAAGCUCUCAGAAAUCUGUCAAAGCAUCUGACACCCCACACAAAACUAUGAGCUUUUUAAACGUUGUAUAUGUUUGGGUUGGGCCCCCCAUAGAAACAAGUUUUCUCUACUGUAAAGUGGCAUCUCUGAUGGAGGUUGCAGUGCUAGUGUAAAGAUAAGAUUCAACUAAUCAUAACUGAAAUCAUUGUUGAUUAUUUUCAUCAUUGAUUUUUAUAAGUUUAGUGAUAUUUAGAUUUUAUUAAUUUGUUGCAACCCUCUGAAAGCUUAGGCAUGUAGCCCAUCACAUUUUUCAAAUGCUUAAUUCACAACAAUGUGUUUCAAUGUAGGCCUAUUCAUUAAAUGAAAAAAUGUUCUGCAAUUAAAAAAUUAUAUUGAUGGAUUUCAUUUUGCUCAACUACAAAAACACAUUUGCCCAAAUUCCACUUUCAUAAGUCCAACACAUUGUAUCUUUGUUGCUGAGUUUGUUGUCUCUGUGGAACAGUCAUUGUGCUACUCAUCCUAACUAGGUUAGUAUACCUCUUUAAACAAUUUAGGAGCUUGAGUAUUAACACUUAUUCUUAAGUCUAGGAAUAAAAGUAAAAUUACGUAAUUCUUAGAAUUUCGACACACUUAAGACUACAAUUUUACUCUAAGCAGCUUUAUACAUACAGCCCCUGAUAUCUGUGCUGCUUUCGCUAGCUUGCGGACUCUUAUUUUGAAAUCAUUUUAUUAACCGGUUUUGCCGCCAUUUUGUUCAGUUCCAGCAGGAAGUAGCGUGCUGAUCACAGGGCUGCUUAUUGUGCCUCAAAUAUUUUCUUUCAUGUAUCUCCUGAGAUACUGUUUGUCUGUGAAGAAAGAGGAAUAAAGUGGUAUAUAAAGAGGAACAACUCUGACUGAAACCACUGAAGUCUACUGACAUACUCUUGCUAAAAUGAAGUCUGUAAAAGAGAAGAGUGGAGACUUGAGUGAUCCAGAACUGCAGCUUAAUAAAAAUGAAGAUACUGAGGACCAAAGAGACUUAAUGGAAGAGAAAAAGGAAACUCAAGAACUGAAUGACGAGGAGAAACAUCAGAAUGAUAAAUCUGAUAAUUUCAUGACAAGUGAAAAAUCUUCUAGUUGCUCACGGAAAAGAACUCGAAAAACAAGAGCCAGAAAAACCUUCAGAUGCCCUCAGUGUGGAAAGAGUUUUACAAAAAAAGGAAACCUUAACACUCACUUAAAACUUCACACUGGAAAGAAGCCUUUCAUAUGCCAAUGUGGAAAGAGUUUCUCACUUAAAGGAAACCUAAAGAGUCACAUGAUACUUCACACUGGAGAGAAGGCUUUUACCUGCCCUGAAUGUGGAAAGAGUUUUGCAUUAAAACAAGAUCUUGAGAGGCACCUGAGAACUCACACCGGAGAGAAACCUUUCACAUGCCCUCAGUGUGGAAAGAGUUUCACACAAAAAGAAAGCCUCAAGAGGCACCUGAGUCUUCACUCUGGAGAGAAGCCGUGCACAUGCCAUCAGUGUGGAAAGAGUUACACAGAAAGAAAACAGCUUGAGGUUCACAUGAGAAUCCACACUGGAGAGAACCUUUUCACCUGCCAUCAGUGUGGAAAGAGUUUCACACAACAAGGAAACCUUAACACUCACUUAAAGCUUCAUUCUGGAAAGAAGCCUUUCAUAUGCCAGUGUGGAAAGAGUUUCUCACUUAAAGGAAACCUGAAGAACCACAUGAUACUUCACACUGGAGAGAAGCCUUUCUCCUGCCCUGAAUGUGGAAAGAGUUUUGCAAUAAAACCACAUCUUGAGAGGCACCUGAGAACUCACACCGGAGAGAAACCUUUCACAUGCCCUCAGUGUGGAAAGAGUUUCACACAAAAAGGAAACCUUAAGACUCACUUAAAACUUCACUCUGGAGAGAAGCCUUUCAUAUGCCAAUGCGGAAAGAGUUUCAGACUUAAAGGAAACCUUAAGAGUCACAUGACACUUCACACUGGAGAGAAGCCAUUCACAUGCCUUCAGUGUGAAAAGAGUUACACAGAGAGAAAACAGCUUGAGGCUCACAUGAGAAUCCACAAUGGAGAGAACCCUUUUACCUGCCAUCAUUGUGAAAAGAGUUUCACACAAAAAGGAGAUCUUGAGAGACACCUGAGAAUUCACACUGGAGAGAAGCCUUUCACAUGCCCUCAGUGUGGAAAGAGUUUCACUCAAAAAGGACACCUUAAGAGACACCUAAGCCUUCACUCUGGAGAGAAGCCUUUCACAUGCUUUCAGUGUGGAAAGAAUUACACAGAGAGAGGACAGCUUGAUGUUCAUAUGAGAAUCCACACUGGAGAGAACCUUUUCCUCUGCCAUCAGUGUGGAAAGAGUUUCACACAAAAAGGAGAUCUUGAAAAGCACCUGAGAAUUCACACUGGAGAGAAACCUUUCACAUGCACUCAGUGUGGAAAGAGUUUCACUCAAAAAACACACCUUAAGAGCCACCAAAGUCUUCACACUGGAGAGAAGCCUGUUCACAUUUGAGCAAUGUAGAAAGAAUUACACAGAGUGAGAACAACUUGAGGUUCACAUGAGAAUUCACACUGGAGAGUAGCCUUUUACAUAUCUUAGGUGUGGAAAAAGUUUCACUCAAGCAAGCCAUCUCACAGCUCAUCAACAGUAUCACUCUGUAUCGAGCCCGUGCCCCUCUUCUGAGGUGCCCCUCAGAGGGAGAUCGCUGUGCCAUCAGUGUGGAAAGAGUUACUCAGAAAGAAAACAGCUUGAGGUUCACAUGAGAAUCCACGCUGAAGAGAACCUUUUCAUAAGAAACCAUAAACACUCACUUAAAGCUUCACUCUGGAAAGAAGCCUUUCAUAUGCCAAAUGUGGAAAGAGUUCUCUCUUAAAGGAAACCUGAAGAAUCACAUGAUACUUCACACUGGAGAGAAGCCUUUCACCUGCCCUGAAUGUGGAAAGAGUUUUGCAGUAAAACAAGAUUUUGAGAGGCACCUGAGAACUCACACCGGAGAGAAGCCUUUCAGAUGCCCUCAGUGUGGAAAGAGUUUCACACAAAAAGGAAACCUUAAGACUCACUUAAAACUUCACUCUGGAGAGAAUUCUUUCAUAUGGCAAUGCAGAAUGAGUUUCAGACUUAAAGGAAACCUAAAGAGUCGCAUGAUACUUCACAUUGGAGAGAAGCCAUUCACAUGCCUUCAGUGUGAGAAGAGUUACACAGAGAGAAAACAGCUUGAGGCUCACAUGAGAAUCCACAAUGGAGAGAACUCUUUCCUCUGCCAUCAGUGUGGAAAGAGUUUCACACAAAAAGGAGAUUUUGAGAAGCACCUGAGAAUUCACACUGGAGAGAAGCCUUUCACAUGCACUCUGUGUGGAAAGAGUUUCACUCAAACACCUUAAGAGCCACCAAAGUCUUCACACUGGAGAGAAGCCUGUUCACAUGUGAUCAGUGUAGAAAGAAUUGCACAGAGAAAGAACAGCUUGAGGUUCACAUCAGAAUUCACACUGGAGAGUAGCCUUUUACAUGUCUUAGGUGUGAAAAGAGUUUCACUCAAGCAAGCCAUCUCACAGCUCAUCAACAAUAUGACUCUGUAUCGAGCCCCUGCCCUUUUUCUGAGGUGCCCCUCAGAGGGAGAUCGCUGUGCCCCUUAGCCUCCAACAGAGAUUGCUCUGCCUCUUUGCUGCGGCGCCCCUCCGAUGGAGAAGCGCGCACAUACAACCCCCCACUGACGGAGCAGCCUCUGUAUAUGCCAAACACUAAAGCAUUGAUGUUUGAAAUGUAAAGAUUUGCAAAUCCCAUCCUGUAGCUUUGAAGUCAAAAGGAAUUGAAGUGUUGUUACAUAAGUUAAAGAAUGUGUGAGCAGACAGCAUGAUGAGUGAUUUAUUUUUAGAAUGAACCUCAGGCUUUUUUCAUGCACAGAAGCAAAUGUUUGACAUCUAUGUUUAUUAAACUAUAAUGCUUUGUUGUUUUAUUGAGGUUUUAUUGUGGUCAGAUUGAGAUAGUAGUCCACUUUGAAUAGAGCUCUGUUAAAAGCUGUUAUGUUUUUAUGUGGUUUAAAUGUGGUUUAAUGUGGUUUUCUUUGCUGUGUUUCUAACAGUAAACGCCUUUGUUCACUUAAUUUACUCAUUACUAUGGCUUCAUACAGCUUCUGUGCUCAUUCAUCCUGAAACAGACUCUAGUGUGAGGUUGCCUUCGUAAGAAGCAGAUACUAAACAUUGCUUAACCUCGUACUGUGCUAAUACAAGCUGAGUACACCAGUAAUCAGCAGAAAUGAGCAGUUGUUACCAAAAUUUCAAGAAGGAGAUCCUGAUAUAUUAAAAUACAAAAUUCCAUUUUUCUCCAUUGCCCUGCAAUGUGCAAUGAGCUGUGGCUGAUGGAAAAAAGUUGGCCUGAUAAAGAGUGAACACUGCUUUUACAAUGUGUUUCUACUGGUAAGUCUCAAAAGGUUCACUUCGCUCUGCUGGUAUCAGAGAGUGGAAGUUACGCUCUGGGUAAAGACACUGUUCUAAAAGCUAACGAACUGGUACCAGAAGCAUAGGGACAAAAGAGGUGAAUGAGCUUACUUUGAGGUUGCCAGAGAGCUCACCACCCUUUUCAAUCGCUGGUAUGUUGCAUCUGAAGUACAAACAGUUGAGCACUUUUUGUGAUUUAGUUGUGCUUGAACAAUUUAAAAAUUCCAUACCGGCUCGAAUUGCCAUGUACAAGUCUAUAAGUAAGCAUAAAGUCAACACAGCUGCAGAAGCUGCUGUGCUUGCUGAUGAAUAUGCUUUGACUUUUGAAGCUUAGUUUUGGAGAGUCUCGUAAGAGCAAGGAGCUGUCUAGUACUAAAACUUAUCGUAUGACACAGAAGAAUGCUGAUUUGUUUUCAACUACUGCCAUGGUAAAGGACAUUGGAAAAAUAAUUGUCCUGUGCUGAAGGCUAAAGGUAAAUCUUAAAAUACUUCUAUGCGUGUGAAGCCUGCAGGGCUCUUGGUUUAGCCUGAUGUUCCUCCACCUCUUGUGGUAUCAUCUGUUCCAUUGUCAUCUGGGGAGCUUGCUGAGAAGUACCCAGAGGUAUUUACAGCUUGUGCUGUGACUAGAGCCAUGAGUUCUAGGCAGCGUGAUUCUUCCCUUGUAUACAGUUCUGGUAAACUGAAGAACAAAAGUUUUCUUCGCCUGACUUUCUCUGUUCAUUGCUCUGAUUUGAUUCAGGAACAGCGAGCUGAUGUUACAUGGACUGAUUUAUUUGAAGGGGCCUUACAUUUAGACGAAGCUUGAGAUGUUGUUCAUGGUUAUUUUUUGCAUGCCAGGUUAUUGAUGAAGCAAUGAAUUCCUCAUGGUAGCAUUUUUGCAGGUGACCCUAUUAUGCAGGAAGUGGUUCCAGCCAAGUUUCGUUCUUUAGUACUGCAGACCUCCCAUAAUGUUACUUCUGGACAUUUGAAUGUUAAAAAAACCUAUGACAACAUCUUACAUUUCUUUUGGCAGAAACUAAAAAAGGAUGAUCCUCAGUACAUCAAAACAUGUCAUACUUGUCAUUGUCAAUUACCUGGAAAACCGAAUCCAAACAUGCUUCACUGUCCCCUAUUCCUCUGACAAGUCAACCAUUUGAGCACUUGAUGGUUGACUGUGUGGGCACACUGCCCUGAUUGAAGUCUGGCAGUAUUUACCUGCUAACUGUUAUCUGUGCCUCUACACGGUACCCUGCAGCAUAUCCUCUCCGUACUAUUACGGCAAGAUCAACGGUGAAAGCUUUGACCCAGUUUAUAUCAAUCUUUGGUAUUCCAAAGAUUAUACAGAGUGAUCAGGGGUCUAACUUCACCUCACAUGUGUUUUCACAGGUGUUGCUGCAAUUGCGGAUUAAGCAUAAUAAAGUGAGUACCUAUCAUCCCCAAAGCCAAGGCAUUUUGGAAUGUUUUUAACAAACGUUAAACUCCUUGCUGCAUGCUUAUUGUACUGAAAUGGAUUGGGAAGAGGGAUUACCGUGGCUGAUGUUGGCGGCACAAGAAGUUUGUCAGAAGAGCACUGGUUUCAGUCCGAAUGACCUAGUGUUUGGGCAUACUUUUCGUGGUCCAUUAACAAUGUUGCAGCACAACUGGACGGAGACUGUGCCUCUUCAAAAUUUGAUGAACUAUGUGAAUGAUUUCAGGUGCAGACUUUAUGAAGCGUAAGUUAGAAAAAGAAAAGCUGCUUACAUCUCAGUAAAAAAUGAAGUCUCUUUUUCUCUUAAUAGUUCACAUUUUCAAGCCCAGUAUUCUGGCCCAUUUACUGUAGUGAAAAAGAUUUCUGAUUUGAAUUAUCUGAUCGUUACUCCUAAGCGGAGGAAGUAUACGCAAUUGAUUUUCAUUAAUUUGUUAAAACCGUAUUACAGCCAUUCAUCUGGGAUGAGGGGACUACUGAAGUUAAACCUGCUCUGGUAGCUGAGAUUGUCUCAUGCACUACUUCUUUGAAGUGGAUGAGCGAGUUUCACCUCCAGAUGAGGCUGUGUUUAAAAAAUUCUGAGACUAUUGGAUGCUUUUUUAGCCCAUUUGACUGAUGCAAGAUGUGCUGAUCUGAUUAGCCUUAUUAAACGGUGUUCUGUUUUGUUUGCCACUGUACCAUCUUCUACACACUGGGUGGAACAUGAUAUUGACAUUGGCGAUGCUGAGCUAAUCCGCCAGCAUUUAUAUUGUGUUUUCCCAGAAAAAUGUAAGCUUCUUGAUGCUGAAAUUCAGUAUAUGCGUGUCCAUGGUAUUGCACAGCCGUUUGUCUCAAGCUGGGCGUCACCCUGCUUGUUGGUGAAUAAAUCUGAAGGCACUUUUUUGUGCCUGUUUUUGUACUGAAUAUAGAAAGGUGAAUAGAGUUACUAAACCUGACUCUUUUCCCCUUCCUCGCUUGGAGGAUUGUGUCGACCUAGUUGGGGCUACCAAAUUCUAAGUAAAUUUGAUCUACUGAAGGGUAUAUGUAAUUAAAAGUCCCUUUAACAUCAUGUGCACAAGAUAUUUCUACAGGAUUAUUUUCAUACUUUUUCAUACAGUGUUAUGAGUUUUGAUUUACACAAGGUCCCUGCAACAUUUCAGCUGCUAAUGAACAGAGUUGUUUUGGGUUAGAGGCAGUGGCUGUUUAUUUGGAUGAUGUCGUUGUUAGUGACUCCUGGGAACAGCACUUGCGUCACAUUGCACAUUUGUCUACAAAUAUAUACAUUUCAAUUUAGAAUUAAAAAAUAAGAUUUUAAACAUGUUUUGUCCCUUAUCUAAAGAAUCAGUGAAUUUUAACUUGGGCGAAUGUUUUAUAUUACAGAAAUGGGAGGAAACAGCAGUUUUCAGAUAUCUCAAAACAAUUGAACAAUUAGAGAUUCGCCACAGGGAUGUGUCCUUUUCCACUUGCUUUGCAUUCUGUAUGUUAAUCAAGGCCAGCAGCACCUAUACUGUUUGAACUUGUUCAAGUUCCGCUCUGCACUCCAUUAUCUGUGCAGAUGUAUGUGGAAAUCUUAUAUUAAUUUUGUUAUAGCUGAUUAAUGUCAUACAUAUAGGGUGUGUUUAAAAAAAAAGGUGAGUAACAUGCUAAGUGCUUCAGUUUAUCAUGUUAAGUUCUUACAGCUCCUGCAGCUCAGAUGGGGCAAUUCUCAAUAUACUAUGACUGUAUCGUUUGACAAGGUUUUAUUUAAUACGAUUUUUCUUCUGAAACCUCGUUAGUGCAUUAUCUUGCAGUGUUACAUAUUUAUCAUCAUAUUUUUGUCAACAGCAGCCUAUGUUUUAAGUAUAAUUGUUUAAUUACUUCAUGAUGCAUAUUUCCAUGUUGUCUUUGUUAAUGGAAUAAAAAAUAAAAAAAACACCUCA